UUCACCGAUAGAAGGCUCUCGGCGGCGGAGGCUGUUCGGGGUGCGUUCCGCUUCGCUCGCUCUCGGCAACCCAGCAGGAAUGGCAGUCGUGGCUUCUCGAAACACGUCCCCCGUGGCGUAGACCAGCUAACGUGAGGUAAUUCAACAGGUGCGGGCGGGCCUGCUUGGUGGAAUAUUUCGGUACCCAGGAGAAAAGGAUUGACCAAUCAAAAGCCGUGCGACGCAAAAGAGAAACCUCAGCGUUGCCAGGAUAACCCCUAGCAAGGGAAAUCGAAGACUGCGUCAUGGGAACUCUGGUCACUUACCGGGACCUUCCCGGAGGUCCGAUGAAGAUCAAGUUCGCGGAUGAGAUAUCGCGGCAUUGCUUGUGCCGGCAGUGCCACAUGCUGUCCCUGUGUAUGUACUCGGAUUCUGCUUCCCACAUGUUUUGCGACGACUGCCUCAACGAUCAGAGCUACAAGCACCAAAAGUACGAAAUCUACUGUCCGGAUGAGGGCAAGGAUGUUUCCCUAGCACAGAUGUUUCAAGCUCGUGAUCUGGUCACCAUACUUUGUGAUCAGUAUGUGGAGUGCCCUAAUCAACCAAAGUGCACUGUCAAACUGCCUCUCGGGCAACUUGAGAAACAUUACAUAGAAUGCAAGGAGAUGUCAAGCAUCAAGUGUACCAAAUGUGGCCACAAAGUACCAUCCACCUCAUGGAUGCAGCACAAGACCGAUUGCCAGCCCACGUGCGACAAUGAGUUGCCACGUAAGAAAUCUGACCACCGAGAUGGUAAGCGAAAACCUCCACCGGCAUCUUCAGCGAGCCUGCCAGUCUCCGCUUCAAGGGAAAACGGAUCAGCUAAAAAUACAACAGCAGCUCCAAGCGCCCUUUAUCCAAGCAGUCUACUUCCAGAUGCUACAACAGGCGAAUUUGAUCAGCAGUUUCAGAGCCUGGGUUCCGCAAGCACUUCCACCCAACCACCAGUUAAGUCACAAGGCCCAGCAUCCAUCGAGCCUGAAAAGACUACGUGCAAGCACUGUGGGAAGAAUAUAAAAGAAUCAAACAUGCCGCGUCACCUGGAAGUAUGCUACGAAGUGCGAACUGCUUGCGCUUACUGCGAUAAAGAUGUCGCUCGGAAAGACAUCAAGGCGCAUACUGAGGAGUGCAAGCGUAAGUUUGAAGAAACACGCGAGGCAAGCGAUGCUGCAGCUGCCGCUUCUGGAAACUCCAAGAAGAGCAAAAAGACAAAAGUGGCACCGCCAGAACCCCACGAGAACACACCGCAUCAAAGAAAUAACUCCAAUACUAAAAGGAUGAUAUUUCAAGCUCAUGAUCUGGUUACCAUACUUGCUGAUCAGUAUGUGGAGUGCCCUAAUAAACCAAAGUGUACUGUUAAACUGCCUCUCGGGCAACUUGAGAAACAUUACAUAGAAUGCAAGGAGAUGUCAAGCAUCAAGUGUACCAAGUGUGGCCAUAAAGUGCCAUCCACCUCAUGGAUGGAGCACAAGACUGAUUGCCAGCCGAAGUGUGACAACGACUUUCCACGUAAGUCACAAGGCCCAGCCUCCAUCGAGCCUGAAAAGACUACGUGCAAGCACUGUGGGAAGAAUAUAAAAGAAUCGAACAUGCCGCGUCACCUGGAAGUAUGCUACGAAGUGCGAACUACUUGCGCUUACUGCAAUAAAGAUAUCUUUCGGAAAGACAUCAAGGCGCAUACUGAGGAGUGCAUGCGUAAGUUUGAAGAAACACGCGAGGCAAGCGAUGCUGCAGCUGCCGCUUCUGGAAACUCCAAGAAGAGCAAAAAGACAAAAGUGGCACCGCCAGAACCCCACGAGAACCCACCGCAUCAAAGAAAUAACUCCAAUACUAAAAGGAUGAUAUUUCAAGCUCGUGAUCUGGUCACCAUACUUGCUGAUCAGUAUGUGGAGUGCCCUGAUAAACGGAACUGUACUGUUAAACUGCCUCUCGGGCAACUUGAGAAACAUUACAUAGAAUGCAAGGAGAUGUCAAGCAUCAAGUGUACCAAGUGUGGCCAUAAAGUGCCAUCCACUUCAUGGAUGGAGCACAAGACUGAUUGCCAGCCGAAGUGUGACAACGACUUUCCACGUAGGUCACAAGGCCCAGCAUCCAUCGAGCCUGAAAAGACUACGUGCAAGCACUGUGGGAGGAAUAUGAAAGAAUCGAACAUGCCGCGUCACCUGGAAGUAUGCUACGAAGUGCGAACUACUUGCGCUUACUGCGAUAAAGAUGUCGCUCGGAAAGACAUCGAGGCGCAUACUGAGGAGUGCAAGCGUAAGUUUGAAGAAACACGCGAGGCAAGCGAUGCUGCAGCUGCCGCUUCUGGAAACUCCAAGAAGAGCAAAAAGACAAAAGUGGCACCGCCAGAACCCCACGAGAACCCACCGCAUCAAAGAAAUAACUCCAAUACUAAAAGGAUGUCACAAGGCCCAGCAUCCGUCGAGCCUGAAAAGACUACGUGCAAGCACUGUGGAUGGAAUGUAAAAGAAUCGAACAUGCCGCGUCACCUGGAAGUAUGCUACGAAGUGCGAACUACUUGCGCAUACUGCAAUAAAGAUGUCGCUCGCAAAGACAUGAAGGCGCAUACUGAGGAGUGCAUGCGUAAGUUUGAAGAAACACGCGAGGCAAGCGAUGCUGCAGCUGCCGCUUCUGGAAACUCCAAGAAGCCGCAAUUUUCGGCCAGCGACUGCAAACGAACUGAGGGAAAGCGGACCAAUUGCAGACGCCGGCACCACCCUCUUCAUCCGGUUAUGGAUCUUCAGUGCAGUGGCUCGGCCCUAUCGAAUCCAUCUCCACUUGAGUGUGUUCCUCGCCUCGUGCUAGCCAAUCAGAGCAAAAAGACACAAGUGGCACCGCCAGAACCCCACGAGAACCCACCGCAUCAAAGAAACAACUCCAAUACUAAAAGGAUGAAACAUUACAUAGAAUGCAAGGAGAUGUCAAGCACCAAGUGUACCAAGUGUGGCCAUAAAGUGCCAUCCACCUCAUGGAUGGAGCACAAGACUGAUUGCCAGCCGAAGUGUGACAACGACUUUCCACGUAAGUCACAAGGCCCAGCAUCCAUCGAGCCUGAAAAGACUACGUGCAAGCACUGUGGGAGGAAUGUAAAAGAAUCGAUCAUGCCGCGUCACCUGGAAGUAUGCUACGAAGUGCGAACUACUUGCGCUUACUGCGAUAAAGAUGUCGCUCGGAAAGACAUCAAGGCGCAUACUGAGGAGUGCAAGCGUAAGUUUGAAGAAACACGCGAGGCAAGCGAUGCUGCAGCUGCCGCUUCUGGAAACUCCAAGAAGAGCAAAAAGACAAAAGUGGCACCGCCAGAACCCCACGAGAACCCACCGCAUCAAAGAAAUGACUCCAAUACUAAAAGGAUGGCGAUCUUCGCGUUCUUGUUGCUGCUGUGUCCGUGCACAGCGUAUUCGGAGUAUGACCCUUCCCAACCACUGGUACUAUCAAGCAAGGCCACAAUCUACCAGCAGACCGGCAACUAUCUCCACAUCGACCCACUACAACUACUGCGCCCAGCCAUCUGCGCACCAUCAUCGUCAACCGUGUCGUCACAUCGCAGUGGCAACUUAAGCGGCUGUCCGAGCGUCAGUCCGUUUAGUUGGCACAGAAGCAGCAUUUGGAGCACCAUGGCUCAUACAACGCACCUUUCCACUUCGCAGAGCAAAACGUCCAUGACACUUGAAGCCAAAGGAACUUCUGCCAAAAGGGCCUCGCGUACUGAACAAGAACUGCAGCUAUGGUCCGGGUGGUCCACGGACGUCAGCGCAUGGUUUCCAUAUGCGACGGCCGGAAACUGGUAUGCAGCGUACGUCGCCGUGGAAGAACAGUUUAAGGACACUGGAACCGACCAGGCAGCGAGGCACGCUCACUUCGUUCCUAAAUUGGUCGCAUUGAAGCAUGAUCGCUUUGUUCGCGACUUUAUAGACGCACCUUAUGGACCCCAACCCUUUGGCUGCUUGAUAACUGCCCUCAUUGUCAGGGCUUGCCUCCCAUUGAACGUUUGGCCAAAGGGGUUUAAAAAGGUGACUUGGGAGGAUGUGCUAAGGUACCUGCCUACAGUGCUGUAUUCACGACUAAGCGUAGGCGCUAAGCUGUACCUGCAAAAGCACCCAGUUAUAUUUGAGGAUAACGGAUAUCACAACGUCGAUGAAGUCGGCACAGUUGCUGCCAACGCUCUUAUACCCGGGCACACGCCAUCAGUGACAUCGUCCGAUCCUGUGACAACGGAAACGCAGGCCUUAGAUGUACCCGAAGUGGACAUGCGGGAUGCCACAGGAGCGCAGAAGCAGGAGCCGGAAGCACCUCAAGCUCUUGGCAAGGAGGAAGAUGCGCAACAUAGCAAGAAAUCAAGGAAAUACGGCUUAGUUGCUUCAGAACAAGAAAGCAAUACAACAUUCCAUAACACAUCUCCAUCAGACCAUUUAGGACCCUCAGCAGAUGAAUCAAUGAACUACCUAGCAGCAACGAAAGCUAGAAGUCAUAGCAAUGCAGGCACGGAGCAUUCCCGAAUGACGUGCGCAGAGGUAGUCAAAAAGUCCUAUCCGAAACCUACUGCAACAGCAGCAUUUAAUCACGACCGAGACGAUGGGCAAGAGAGCUGUCACCGAAAAAGCGGAAGCUAUGAGGUCAAUGAGACCUCUCCCUGCCAAACUCGAAGCAGUAUUUGUGAAGGCAAGCCCGCGUAUUCUGCGGUGUCAGAGGAUAGAAAACUCAAUCCAAGCAAUGUCACUGGGCACAUGCCUGGAGGAGUACCUUCGAGUCAUCAGCCGAAUAAAGGUUUUUCCUUUGAAAGCACAGAAGAAGACAGCAAACCAAAGUAUGUUGCGGGUUCCCCACAACCCGGAAGCCUUAGCGAAGAAGUCGCUCCUACUCUAUUGAGUUUACAACACGAACAAAGCGAAAUCAUCCAAGCGGAUUCUCUGGGAAGCGCCAACACGAAGUAUGAGGUGUCACGAGGAAUAUCAUCGCAAAAUUCACGGAUAGGGCACUUCCGAGAAAAAGACGGGUGCGUAAAAACGCUUGAUCAAACACAACAAGAACUCAGCGAGGGCACCAACGAGAGACAGUGUGAUGAAACGGAGAGGUCAAUCAGUGGACUCGACAGUGACUUAGUUUCUACUGAGCAAAAAAGCUACACAGCAUUCCAGAACGCAACUCCAUCAUACCAUUCAGCACCCUCAGCAGAUGAACCAAUGAAGUAUUUAGCAGCAACGAAAGCUAGAAGUCAUAGCACUGCAGGCACGGAGCCUUGCCGAAUGACGUGUGCAGAGGCAUUCAAAGAGUCCAAUCCGACGCCUACUACAACAGGAGCAUUUAUUCACGACCGAGACGAUGGGCAAGAGAGCUGUCACCGAAAAAGCGGAAGCUAUGAGAUCAAUGAGACCUGUCCCUGCAAAACACGAAGCAGUAUUUUUCAGGGCAAGCCCGCGUAUUCUGCGGUGUCAGAGGAUAGAAAAAUCAAUCCAAGCAGUGUCACUCGGCACAUGCCUGGAGGAGUACCUUCGAGUCAUCAGCUGAAUAAAGGUUUUUACUUUGAAACCGCGGAGGAAGACAGCAAACCAAAGUAUGUUGCGGGUUCCCCACAACCCGGAAGCCUUAGCGAAGAAGUCCCUCCUACUUUAUUGAGUUUACAACACGAACAAAGCGAAAUCAUCCAAGUGGAUGCUCUGGGAAGUGCAAACACGAAGUACGAGGUGUCACGAGGAAUGUCAUCGCAAAAUUCACGGAUACGGCACUUCCGAGAAAAAGGCGGGUGCGUAAAAACGCAUGAUCAAACACAACAAGAACUCAGCGAGGGCACCAACGAGAGACAGUGUGAUGAAACGGAAAGGUCAAUCAGUGGACUCGACAGUGACUUAGUUUCUUCUGAGCAAGAAAGCUACACAGCAUUCCAGAACGCAGCUCCAUCACACCAUUCAGGACCCUCAGCAGGUGAACCAAUGAAGUAUCUAGCAGCAACGAAACCUAGAAGUCAUAGCGCUGCAGGCACGGAGCCUUGCCGAAUGACGUACGCAGAGGUAGUCACAAAGUCCUAUCCGACACCUACUGCAACAGCAGCAUUUAUUCAUGACCGAGAUGAUGGACCAGAGAGCUGUCCCCGAAAAUGCGAAAGCUAUGAGGUCAGUGAGUCCUAUGCUUACAAGAUAGGAGGAAUCAAUAUUUGUGAGGACAAGCCGGCGCACUCUGUGGUGUCAGAGGAUAAAAAAAUCUCUUCAAACGCAUUCGCUGUAGACAUUGGCAGAGGAGCACUUUCGUGUCGUCAACCGAAUAAGGGUUUUUCCACUGAAACCACAGAUGAAGACAGCAAACCAAAGUGUGUUACCGGUUCUCCUCUACCCGGCAGCUCAAGCGGAGAAGUCCCUCCUACUCCACUUAACUUACAACACCAAGAUAACGAAAUCCGCCAAGCGGAUGCUCUGAGAAGCAGCACAACGAAGUAUGAGAGGUCACGAAGACGAUCAUCGCAGAAUGCACGGAUAGUUUGGAACAGCGGUGUGACGCAAAAACACGACAACGUCGGGGUUAGAAAAGAGCGCAGGGCAGGGCUGACCAACACAGAAACCCGGUGCACCUCGAGCAAGGCAGUGGCUUCUUUAAGUCAUCCAGAACCUACGGAAAAAUCGCCUGUAGGGACCUUUUACACGGCGAACGUAAAUCUAGAAAUGAGAAGCACUGAAAAGCAUAGAAGAGCAAACUUCCCUAAGCGCGUCGACUUUUAUUCUUGCAUCAGUUGUAAGGGCAGCUGGGAAGAGAAUGACGAACAUUUGAAGCCUAAGGCGUCAAAGCAUUGCUAUGAAUCUGGGUCAAACAACGAAAAGCCCUCUCAAGGCAGUCGCAAUAGAUGUCAAAACUCUGAAAUUUCACAAGCUUGCAAUGAAGAUCCGGCAAAAGUAGAGAAAAGCGCGUGCAGCGAAACAGACACCACCGCUACAGUACAAGAUUUCACCCAUCAAAAAAAAUGGCGUUGACUCUACAGCUCCUGCUCCUGCAUUUGAAGCGUCGACGUACGAUCAACUAAAGACUAAAGUGACUGUACGGCGUAAAUUUCAGACAGACAUUCCUUGUUCACUGCAACCCACGUGUGAUGGCGACACCUUCGCAGACUUGCAUCGCGCAGAUACUGUACAACGCAGUUCCCAGGAGCUUUACUCGCAAACAGUACAUUCUUCUAUGAAUGCUUGCAGCCUAAGCCUGGAACAAGCGGAGCAGAGUAUCGACGAUGUGUCCAACAAUCAGGAGCAUUCAUUUAGCGAAUCUUUGUAAAGUCUGGAGACGGAAGUUUGACAAACAACUGGGGAGUAACCACAGGGAGCCAAGCCAAAGCACUCGUUUAAUGGCGGAACAGAGGCUAUCUAGACGUAACCCUAAGCGCCGAUCUAAAUAUGCGUCUAGCCACAGUCCUUUUCACAUGCAAGCUUGAAGAUUAGGACUUCUGAGAAGUGACAAGUAUUUUUAUUCAUAUUACUGAGACACGACGAAGCAUAUUGAAAAGUGUAACUACAAGCAGUCGUUCAUUCACUCAUAUGAUUUCGGAAGUUGAGUACUUCUUUAACUGGCCUGCGAAUUAUGAUCUCUGGGUGACAAUGUGUUGAGGUGUUGCAGGCCAUGAUUUCUAUGGAGCAUUCCGCUGCCCGAAAUAACUUAUCAUUUAAUUUGUUAAGUAUACACGCAGAUGGAUAAAGACCAAUCAGGACUGUACCUAUUCGACAUAGUGUGCAUUUUCA